CAAUGUUAACCAAUGUUUUAAAAAUACUACUAGCUUCAAUUGAUCUAAUUUCUUUGACUAAUUUGUUUGUUUGCUUUUAAUAAUUGUAAAUUUUACUGGAAAUUGUGAUUAAUCUGGAUUAAUCUUAAAUGCUUAUGUUGAAUUUUGACCGUAUCAACUCACUGUUUUUGCUAUUUAUCGGAUAUCUACCGAAUCUUUCUUGAUUUCAUAGUCAAAGAUUAUUUUACAGUUUAUGAACCUUAUAUUAUUGUGAAAUUGUUUCUAGAUUAUCAGUAAACUUGAUCUAUCGGUACCAUGUCAGAUAUUGAUCCAACAGAUGAUUGGGAUCCAGAAAGAUCACCAGGAAAUAUUGGUGGAGAUGAACAAUCAAUUGAAUCAGAACCCAGAUUGAAGAUUGAAAGAAUUGGAAAUCAUGUUAAUAAUAUUCUACAAAAGGAUUCAAUCAGUUGUGUAGCUGUGCAUUGGAAGUAUAUAGCAAUCGGAACCCGUCUUGGAAAGGUUCAUAUCGUCGACUUGCAGGGUAAUUGUGUCCAUGAACGCCUCUCUCAACUUUCCCUGCAUACCACGGCCGUCAAUUGUAUAAGCAUUGAAAACAAAGGAGAAUAUAUCGUUUCUUGUUCUGUCAGCAAGGCAGCAAUUUUUGGUUUAUGUUCCAAUGAUUGCAACAACGUUUUUAAUUUUGAUAGACCUGUCCAUUGUGUUGCUAUUGAUCCGAACUUUUGUCGUCCUGGUACCAAUCGACGUAUUGUCACCGGAGAUGAGCGAGUUGUUCUUCACGAGAAAACGUUUCUAUCGCGUUACAAAUCAACUUUACUCUACGAAGGCUAUGGUCAGAUCCGUUCAGUCAAGUGGCGUUGUAAUCUAAUUGCUUUUGCCAGUGAUAAUGGUAUUCGUAUCUAUGAUAUGGACGAAAGAGUGGUUAUUUGUUUUAUUGCUCGGGAAGCAGAGCCAAGUCUAAAUUCCGAAUUUCAUCAAAGUUAUCUUUGCUGGAAAAAUGAUAAUGAAUUUAUCAUAGGGUGUGCCAACUCAAUUAAAUUGUGCCAAGUUGCCCGAAGAUCUUUCCGUUCAGCUGAUGCUGAUAAACUUCCUACAAAACAAGUUAUCAUACCUUCAAUGUGCACCAUUAAAUCUUCCAUUUAUGGAAUAGCACCUUUAGAAAAUGCUAUAGUUGUUCUUACCACUACGCCAGCUAUUUCUUCUCCUGAAACUCCUUCUUCUCCUGUUACUCCGUCUUCCCAAGAAGCUCAAGAGGUUCACGAAGUCCAAGAAGUUGCUUCUUCCGAAGAACCUGAAAAAAUUAAGGUUCACCAUCCAUCACUAAUUAUAAUAGAACCUACUCAGGACGAAUGUGAUGUGAUUUCCAAUGAUGCUUUAUUUCCAAGAGGCUACAAAAGUUACAAAAGCAACGAUUAUUCUUUGGAAUAUCUCCUUGAAGAUGGAAUAUAUUUUGUUUUUUGUCCCAAAGAUCUAAUCAUUGCCAAGCCAAAAGAGGAUGAUGAACGAAUAAGUUGGCUAAUUGAUCAUCAUUUUUUCGACCAAGCUUUGAACCUUGUUAAAAAGGGUAAAAAUAUUCGCCUUCAUAGCAUACUAUCAGUUGGUAAAGCUUAUAUAUCUUAUCUUCUUAAUCAAAAGACCGAUGAAGCCUUUAAAAAAGCCGGAGAAUUGUGUCCCUCCAUUCUUGGUAAUUCAGUUGAAGCUUGGAAAGAUCAAAUUCGACAAUUUACUGAGUGCGGAAAUUUAGCAGCCCUGGCGCCUUUUUUACCAAUCGAAGAUCCAAUCACCUUAGAUGCCUAUACUUAUGAAACAGUCUUAAGAGAUUUCUUGGAAAAAGAUGCGAGUGGUUUUCUACAUUUAAUCGAAACUUGGCCUUCCUCAAAAUAUAACGUUCAAAGAAUGACCAGAGGUUUACUCCAAGCUUAUGGCAAGGAUCCUGGAAACAAAAAAUUAUCCCAAGCAUUAGCUUUAUUAUACAUUUAUGACGGUAAACACGAACAAGCAGUUUCCAUUUACCUAGAAAUUGGUGAAGGCGACAAAGUUUUUGAAUUGAUUCGAGAUUAUCAAUUGAAUCAAUUACUUCUUGAAAAGUUGGAAGAUCUCAUGGUAGUUAAUCCAAGUGGAACAUCUAAACUACUAUUGGAACAAAGAGAAACUAUUCCUGUUGAUUUUGUUGUUGAAAAGUUGAAAAAUCGACAUGACCUUUUGUGGUCUUACCUUGAUAAAGUGGUUCAACAAGAUGGUGAUCUUUGUGCAGUACAUCAUGACCUUCUCAUUUCGCUUUAUGCACAGUUCACCUCUGAUCGAUUGUUACCAUUUUUACAAAGUUCAAAUCACUUUUCUUUAGAAAAAGCACUCAAAGUUUGUGAGAAGUACAAUCUUAUUCCCGAAACAGUUUAUCUUCUCAGUCGAAUGGGAAAUUCAAAAGAAGCCUUACAUUAUAUUAUAAAUAAAAUGUCUAAUAUCAAUUAUGCUAUUGAAUUUUGUUUAAAACAUUCUGACAAUGAUCUUUGGGAAGAUUUAAUCACAUACUCUCUUGACAAACCUGAAUUUGUUGCUGUUUUACUAUCAACUGUUGGUACUCAUAUUCCUGAUCCAGUUGCCUUUAUAAGUCGAAUUCCCAAUCAAAUGGAAAUUCAAGGAUUGAAAGAUGCUCUACUCAAAAUAUUGCGUGAUUAUCGACUUCACAUUGCUGAAGAAGAAACUCGAAAGCAAGUUCUAGUCACUGAUUGUUAUAAAUUAUUGGAAAAGUUAAAUUCUCUUCAAAAGCGAGGAAUACUGAUGUCUGAUGAAAAAACUUGCAAUAGAUGCUCAACGCGUGUUCUCAAAAGAGAUCUUUCUCGUGCAUCAAACCUAAUUAUUUUCAAUUGCCAACAUAUUUUUCACGAGGAAUGUUUACCAAUAUCUGAAGAUAAAAUUUUCUGCAGUAUUUGUACAACUAAUCAAACAAUGGAUGGAAACACGUCUACUCAACCGUACAGGAAAGUUCAAUAAUAUUUUGCGACUGUGAUGUAAAUUGGCUUUUUAAAAACUAAACAAUAGAUCCUGAUUCAUUAUCAUCUUCAAUUGAUUCAAAAUCUUGUUUUUAGUUGAGAUAUAUUUUCACAGAAUUUUCGUGAUCAAGAUUAAGUCAAAUCUCCUUUUUAUAUCAACUUAUAUUCAACUGUAAUGUAACCAACAAAGAUAUUUUUGUAUCAAUCGAAUUGAAUAUUAUUCUGAACGUUUUUCUUAUUCAU